ACCUCAUCUGCAGCUUUCACUAAUCCAAACCACAACUCCGUGUAUAGUAAUCCGAACACCCGAAAAUGCCAAUGACCCUAGAAGGCAGCUGCCAAUGCGGCGGCAUUGAAUUCUCCCUGCAAUCCUCAACCCCAGUUCCCUACCAGCUAUGCGCCUGCAGCAUCUGUCGCAAGGUAGGCGGCUACAGCGGCAGCGUCAAUCUCGGCGGAAUCGCCGACACCUUGAACAUCAAGAAAGGCAAGGAUUUGAUCAAGAAAUAUUCCGCGAUCAAGGCCCGCGGUACCGAACAGGAGGAGGUUUGUUCGUCGGAGCGGAACUUCUGCUCCAACUGUAGUACCAUGCUGUGGCUGUGGGACAAGCAAUGGCCGGAGUUGAUUCAUCCGUUCGCGUCGGCGAUCGACACCGAGUUGCCGGUGCCUGAUGAGAUGGUUUGCAUUAUGGCUGGGUCGAAGCCGACGUGGGCGCGUUGGCCUGAGGGGAAGAAGCAGGUGCACGAGGAAUAUCCGAGUGAUAGUUUGGAAGAGUGGCAUAAGAAGCAUAAUCUCUUCUUCGAAUAGGCAAUAGGGGAGAGACCAAGGAUGACUACGAUUGUGCUGAGUGGAUGACGGUACGCAAUUACAAGAGCAUUCAAGUUUGAUAAAAUAUUCUUCUUUCAUUCAUUAUGAGUAUCUGUGCUGAGAGCGAGCAAAAGUCAUCUAUGAUGAGAUAUUAGCA